AUGCGCAUGUACUCGCCAGUGCGCCCAUGUACAAAUGGCUGGAUCCCACGCACAUGUCUGUUCCGCGCCUUGACAACGUCUGAGACGCCGCUGAGUCUCAACACACGCGCAGCUGAUAUACCGGGCACUGGUCUCACACAGCUUUCACCGAGCAUUCUACUCCGCUGUACGAUUCUCGACUCGAAAGGAUCGAUCAAGACGAUUUCGGGUGUGUUUAAAAAAUCGGAGCUCUGUUCACAUCAUGGCCUCGAGCCGCGAGAUCUACGAAAGAUCGAUUCUCGCGUGCCCAAUUUGGUGCCGACCAUUCUCGCACGAAAGAGUGGCAUCUUGGUGAAUGUUCUGCAUAUCCGCGCAAUGGUCAAGUCUGACGCUGUCCUGCUCUUUGACGGCUAUAACACGGAUGCGCGCUUGCAUACGUCGUUCGUGUACAGCUUGGAGCACAAUUUACGCCAAAAUGCAUCAUCAAUGCCGUACGAGUUUCGUGCCCUUGAGUCAAUUUUGGCCUCUGUACUGGAUGCACUGCGCUCGGAGCUCAGCUGGCUGAGGAUUGUGGUGGACGACCUGCUGGAAUCGCUCGAAGAUGAUAUUGAUCGGGAAAAGCUUCGAAUGCUGCUGCAAAUUUCUCGCAAAUUGAACGGGUUUCUCAGUCGAUCGCGGGGUAUCAAGGUGGCAGUGACGGAGGUGCUCGAGAGCGAUGAAGAUAUGGCGCUGAUGUACCUCACUGCUGCGGAAAAAGGCGAGCCGAAAACGAGAAAUAGCAAUCUGCAAGAAUUGGAGCUACUCCUCGAAAGUUUUGAAAAACAGGUCGAGGAGGUCAUAUACGAAAUCGAUCAGAUCUAUGCAAACGUCAACAAUACACAGGAAAUCGUCGAGCUCAUUCUGGAUAGCAAUCGGAACAGGCUCUUGACGCUCGAUCUUGGCACCAGUAUCGUGACGCUGGGCGUGUCAGCUGCAACGCUCUUCGUUGGCUUGUUUGGAAUGAACUUGACCUCGCAUCUGGAGGAACACCCGUAUGCGUUUUACGGAAUGAGUGCUAUCGCCUACAUCAUGGCCGUCGUCGUGACGGUCGCUGGUCUCCGCCGACUUUCGCGCCUUCGCCGCAUUGGUCUAUCGGUGGGUGGCAGCUCUAACCCUGGCGACCUGGGAAUCAAUGCGAGUCGGAAGCCAGACGCGCACCUCGUAUCACAUGCAAGAGCUUGGUGGUGGCGAGAAAACCAGUUCCGUGCUAUGCAGCGGCAGCAUAGUCAGCAAAGAGCGAAGGAGCACCUGUGGUCGAUGCAAUAUCCUAUGCCUCCGGAUCCACCCACUGCCGUGGCCGAAGGAGCCGAAACGCCGCUGGAUCCUGCAGAACUAACGGCAGAGCCGUCGCCGCAUGGCCAACAAAAAGAACUGAAAAAGCCUUCCAGUCACAAGGACAUGGAAUGA